UGUUGACGGGGCUGAGAGGAUAAAGCGGGCGGCGCUGCUGCAGUUUGAGGAAGUUUGAGAUGCUUGAGUCACAGUUUGUUUGCUCUCGUCAUUAUCUGACAGUCAAAAUAGGCGCUGCGCUUCAAAACCGGACCGGACUAAUAACGGGAAGAAACCUCCGCUCGGGACCGCCGCGACAAACCACGCUACACAAUGGGAGCAUCCUCAUCCAGUCUGUUGGACGAGAGUAAAAUAAGCUACAUACGAGGCCGGACAGAGGCAGAGCUAAAGAACUUUAGUCCUCAUUACAGAAGGCAAAGUUGUGUUGCCUUCUUUUGCCAUCUGAAGGAUGAGGUGGAGCAGCACAGAGCAGGACAGGCCCAGCUCCUCAAACAGAAGGAGCCUCUGCAGGCCUCAGAGGUCCUGUACAAGGAUAGCGUGCUUUACUUUGAUGACAACAGAAAGUGGAGAGAGAGAUUUGUCGUGGUCCUUGCCGACCAUAGCCUGGAGCUACACGAUAGCCAAGAGUCAUAUUCAAAGGGAACCCCAGCCCGUCACAAACUCCUCCCAACAGGGGGCACAGUGUUGACCUCAGAGGAGAAAUACACUGCUGUCGUAGACAAGGCCUUCCCUGAUCCCAACGGUUCUAAGGAAGAGCCAUCCAUUCCUCUGGUGGUGGUUCCCGGUCCUCUUCCGGUGUACCUGAGACUGCCUUACAGACGAGACUCGUACUUCUGUUUCCAGCAGGAGGAAAAGCGGGCACGCUUUGUCUCGAUCCUGAACGACUGCAUUCGGCAUCAGAACCAAGAUCAUCUGAAGAGUAUGGAAUGUGAGGUGCAGGCUUUCCUAAAGGCCAUUCACUUCUACAGGCAGGAGAAGGGUCACUAUGAGUCAUGGGACAUGCUGGUGGGCACUGACUAUCAGGUGCUGACUAACCAGGUGAUGGAGGAGCUGCUGCCCUCGCUGCAGACAGAGCUGUUGCCCAAGCUGAAGGGAAAGAAGCCGGAGAGGAAGAGGGUGUGGUUUGCGACAGUGGAAGCGACCUACGAGCUUGUGCACGAACAACUGCGAGGAGGAUUGGAGAGUUUGAAAAACGAGUGCAGAGAAGCCACCAAACAGCAGGAGGCGCUCAUCCGCUCAGAUAUGGACCAGAUCAUCAACUCUCAAACAUUCUUGGAAACUAAACUGCAAGCUCUAGUAUCAGAGCCAGCUGUAAAAUACUGCACCGAGAGCGUGGCUCCAUACCUGACCUCAAUCCUGGAGGAGUUGAUGGGUCCGGUCAGCGCAGGCUUCCAGGCCGCGAGGCUGCUGCUGGAGGACGAGCUGACCCGAAUCUGCAAGGAUUUCCCUCAGGGGGGAGUCACAGAGGAACUUCAGAGCGCUUUGCAGAAGGUGGGUUGUGACCGGAUUGAGGACUGUUACCAGCAUGUGAACGUCCUGAAGGAACAGCUCCAAGAACUUCGCAACCGCUUCAAGUUCUCCAACUCAGCACGAGUAGUUCACGGCACCCAGAGUCAAAUGCAGCAGUUGAUGGAGAAUGCCGUGUACACAUUUGAGCUCCUGCUUCAGUCUGCCUUAAAGGACAAACCUGACAAACAGGCCUCGGUCAUGGAGAAAGCCAAGCUGCGUGUGCUCAAGCAAUUCGACUAUGACAGCAGCACAGUAAGGAAGAAGAUUUUCCAAGAGGCCCUGGUUGACAUCACUCUGCCAGCCAUUAGGAGAAACCUGGCGCCUGCCUGCAAAACUGAGCUUCAGAAUUUUGAGCAGUUCAUCUUUGCUGAUUACACAAACUUUGUUCAAGUGGAGAAUGUCUACGAGAACAUACUGCUCAACCUUCUGAACAAUGAAGUCAACAAAGUGGUGAAAGAGGCAGCCAGUCUGAAGAAGAACAACCUGUUUGCCGACAGUACUGACCUGCAGUGUGUUAGCCAAAGCAGCCUGGCCGACAGCCGCACGCCGCCCCUCUCUGCCCCCUCCAGCCCACCACAGGUACCGGCCUCUGUGGCUCUCUCUCAACAAGCAGAGCAGAAGAUCAGCGAAGACACCCAUCAGACAAACGAGUCUUCAGUCAUCCCUACAGUGAAGAUUACAGUAUCUUCUCCAGAGCCCACAUCACCGUUAAAUGUUUCCCAACCAACAUUACCUAAUAAUUCAUCACCCAUUCCAGAGGUCUCAGAGACCGAAGUGUCCUCAACCAAACCAGAAACCAUCGUACCUGCAGAAGAUUCACCUGCACAAUCAGAGACACCUUCUUCUAAAGAGAAGGAUGAAGUUACAGAAGGAUCUUCUGUUAGUACAGAUCGAGCAGUCUAUCUUAACUCAACGGCUGAAGAAGCUCCUGUUUCUCUCGUCAUUGCCCCUGAAACCCUAAACGUGGAAGCAGACGAAGAAAGCAAAAGUGUAAGUCCUCCCAAGUCUGAAAUCGAAGAGGAAUCUGUCCAACCUGACGUUAACCUGACAAUCAGUGCUGAAGUUCUGCCAGAUGUUUGUGCUGAAGACACUGCUGUGGGUGCCAGUGUUUCUGAUGAGCACGUUGUUGUGGAUAACGAGGCAUGCGAGGCAGAGCCUUCUAGUAAUGAGAAUAGAAAAGAAACACAGGACAGUCCCGCUGCCGAUGCUUCUCCUCCUCCUCUCCACUCGGUUCCUGAUGGUCUGGCAGAGGGCGCUGUUGGUUUAGCAUCAGAUCCGGAGGCCCAGAUUUGCGCUGUGAACACCGAUUCCCAGGAAGAGAGCGCUGGCAAUGUGCAGGCUAUCAGAGAUCUCAUCAUGGAGAUCAUCGAGGUAGAGGAUGUAGUCAGACCUUGUGCUGAAAACCAGCCUUAAAACAGUUUGAAUGAGGUUCAGAUGGAUUUUUAUCAACUAUUUAGCUCUGUUAAACAAAACAAACUACAGUGUUCCCAUUUAAUAUUUUCUAUUUUUUAGUUAGGUAUUUUUUCAUACACAUUUUCUAUUUUCAGUAAUAAUCCAAAUAUUGAAAUUAAAUUGUUAUGAAUAAAAAAACAAUUGCCUAUAUAAAACAGAAUUCUUUUUGUAACACUGUAUCUAAUGACAUAUUAACAAAAAACUAUAUAUGCACAUGAAUAAUUGUAUAGCUGUUUGCAAUUUUUUCAGUAGUUAAUUUUAAUGAUGAAGCUUGUAUUUUUAAAAAAUAUAAAGGAAAUUAAAUGGAAAAAAAAUAGAAACUCUACAUUUUUAGAUGGUACACAAAUGUUUUUUUGGUGGACUGACUAAUUUAUUAAAGUGUUGUGCUGGUUUGUACAGACAACUCAUUCUUUAUCGUAAAUAACAGAUCAAGUGCUGAUCACUAAACAAUUAUUUUGUACCAUUCUGUAGGUUUUCUGAAAAUGAGACGCAGUACCUUUGUACAUACGAUGAUCACAGUAAGAAUCUGUUAAAUAAAUUUCAACGAAACAGACAAUUCACCAGCGUAUUGUUUUAUUUCUUCUCUUCGCAGGUAAAGUCCAUUCACAUUAAUCUGUCAAAGUCACAGGAUCAUUAUAGCAGCAAAGGCCAAGAUGUUAGGAGGCACAUUUUGUGUCUGGAAAUACAGAGCGGUCCUGAAUUCACUGAGAUACAUUAAAAUUUAAUUUAAGACAGUAAAAUACAACUUAAAAAUGAACAGACGCAAAAUACAUCUCAAUCAGAAACAUAACCAAAUUAAAACGGCAUGAAAUAGUACCAGAGGCAGCAUUUAGCACCUUACUUAAAAGUGUUAUAAGACUUUUUUCACAGCAAUGACCCGUGGACAUUAUUAGGUAGUUAAUUCAUAAAUAUCUCUUAGAGGAAUAAUGCCUACUUAUUUAAGCUAUCUAACAGACAAAGCAUAUAGUUUUGUUAUACGUGACAAUUAGUGCAAGAUAUUUUGAAUAAAGUGAGUGAUGCUACAUCGUUAUAAAGUUGUUUAUGCAGUCAGCUCUGGUUAAUGAGAACAGGAUAAAUAGGUCAAUGAGUAACAUUUUAGCUGAUUAUGAUUUUGUGAAUAUGAAGAUGAGAACAGAUUCAUUCCAGUUCUAUAACUAUACUGUAUACUAUUAAAGUGCACUCCCUAAAACCUAAAAAAAAAGAACCUAACAUAAAAUG